UUACAGAGUUUAUUAAAGUUACAGAGUUUAUUGAAGUUAUAGAGUUUAUUGAAGUUAUAGAGUUUAUUAAAGUUAUAGAGUUUUUUAAAGUUAUAGAGUUUAUUAAAGUUAUAGAGUUUAUUAAAGUUAUAGAGUUUAUUGAAGUUAUAGAGUUUAUUAAAGUUAUAGAGUUUAUUAAAGUUAUAGAGUUUAUUAAAGUUACAGAGUUUAUUAAAGUUACAGAGUUUAUUAAAGUUACAGAGUUUAUUAACGUUAUAGAGUUUAUUGAAGCUAAAGUUAUAGAGCUUAUUGCAAUUAAAGUUAUACAGUUUAUUAAAGUCAUAGAGUUUAUUAAAGUUACAGAGUUUAUUAAAGUUACAGAGUUUAUUAAAGUUAUAGAGUUUAUUAAAGUUACAGAGUUUAUUAAAGUUAUAGAGUUUAUUAAAGUUAUAGAGUUUAUUAAAGUUAUAGAGUUUAUUAAAGCUAAAGUUAUAGAGUUUAUUAAAGUUGCAGAGUUUAUUAAAUUUAUAGAGUUUAUUAAAGCUAAAGUUAUAGACUUGAUUGAAGUUAAAGUUAUAGACUUUGUUGAAGUUACAGUUGUAGAGAUUCUUAAAAUAAAGUUACAGUUAUUGAGUUUGGUAAAGUUUUAA